AAAAGGCGAAGAUAGAUGGACACUUCAUGGACAGAGAAGCACAGAAUAUGAAGUGAAGUGAUAAAAAGGGCAUUUCAUUUUUGUUCUAGAGCUGACCAUUUUCAAUUCUCUCUCUCUUUAGGACUUUAUCAUAAUCACAGAUCUUGGAAAUUGCUGCAGGAAAAUUUUGAUUGGAAGUGAAAUCUUAUGAGGCCCUGGAAGUGUGGGGCUAUUGAUGAUCUGGAAAUAAUAAAAUGCAGAAAAUUUGUGAAUUCUGCACAGCAUUGAGGCCGGUAGUUUACUGCAAGGCUGAUGCAGCAUAUCUUUGCCUUUCCUGUGAUGCAAAGGUGCAUUCAGCUAAUGCUCUCUCCAACCGACAUCUGCGUACCCUCCUAUGUGACUCAUGCAGAAAUCGCCCAGCUUAUGCUAGGUGUUUGGAUCACCGGAUGUUCGUGUGUCGUGUCUGUGACCAGAGCAUUCAUGGAGUCUCUCCCCAGCAUCAGAAAUGGUCUGUCAGUAGCUACUUGGGAUGCCCCUCUGCCAAAGAUUUUGCAGCAUUAUGGGGUUUUGAAUUGGAGGAGCUGGAUAAAAGUGCUAUUCAGGAUCAGUUAUUUCCUGCUUCAUGUGCUUCUGUGCAACCUAGUGCGGCGAGCUUUGACAUUCCCAGACCUAGAGAGUCAUGCCAGCAAAUUGGAAGCUCUUCAAGCACAUCUAAGGUUAAUUAUUCAACUUUUGCCUCUGGCACACAUUCUGAAGUGCAAUGGAGCAGUAAACAAACUGAGAUAUCAGGCACAGGUCAACAACAGCAAAAUAAUGACUUUAUUCUGCAACAGAUCCUUGAUUUGAAAAGGCUCCAGCUGACUGAGAUGGAUAACAGUUCACCUGUGGUUCGUGCUCGAGAAGAAAUGGAUGUAUCUUCUUCAAUAUUUGAAACUUUGGAUAAGUUGGAUGACAGUGUUGAUCAUUUUCGGCAUUCUCAAGUUCCAGGUAACAGUGGCUAUCCUCUUCAGGACCUAAAGGUGGACUCUUUGCCUUUGUCAUUUUCUCAACCAGAAAAUUUGCCCUUGCCUUCAACUGCUGCAAAUCCUUUGCUUGGAGAAUCGUUUUGGCAAUGCAAAAGCCCAAUUCAAAGUAGCCAGUUGUGGUCUCAAAAUAUGCAAGAUCUUGGGGUCUGUGAAGACAUUGUUUCUCAUGAUGAUUUUAACAUGCCUGAUCUCGACAUAACAUUUCGUAACUUUGAGGAACUGUUUGGAACUGAGAAAGACCCAGAUCCAAUCAGGGCACUGCUUGAUGAUAAAGGUGCAUCAAGCUCCUCUGUGGAGGACAUGUCCCUUGGUACAUCACAUAACAGAAAUGCAAGAACAAAGGAGGACACUUUUAUUGCAUCUUCUUUUUACAUUAGUCAGCCUGGUCACAUGGACAAAGACAAGGUUCCUUCUAGCCAGAUUUAUGACUUGCCUGGAACUCUGCAUUCUCCUCAGACAAUUCGGCCAUCUUAUUCAGCAAUGUCAUUCUCUCUUUCAAGGUUUAGCGCUGAAAGCAGUGGCACUGAAUAUCUUGAUAGUGGACUUUCACCGCAUGUCACUGGGGCUGAAGUUGGGGCUGAAGUUUCAUGUCAUUUACCAGACAUUGAGGGUGCACAUUCAGACAUAAAAGAAAAUGGAAUGACAAGGUACAAAGUGAAGCAGAAGACUCGAGUGCAAGAAAAACAAAUUCGAUAUGGACUGAAGAAAGCGAGAAGUGAUGUACGGAAGCGAGUAAAAGGCCGAAUUAUGAAGAAAGAAGACUAUGAUUCGGAUACUAUUAAUGUGACGAGAAGCGUUUAAUUGGAUCUUCUAUGCAAUGGCUAUGUACAUAAAACUAAAGUAUUCAGCUGCAUGUUACUGUCAUAUACUUAAAAAUAUUUCAAUUCAACCAAUUCUUUUCAA